AUGUCAAGAAACUUAUUCCGAACAGCCCAGUCUACUUUUAGGCAAUCUUUUUACAGACCAUCGCAUAUUUCAUCCUUCAGACAGUUUAAUACUACGUCGCCCAGAAUGACUGUACACAACUACCAGACCGCCGACUCCUUCAAGGAGGCCGUCAAGAACAACAAGAUCGUCCUGCUCGACUGCUUCGCCACCUGGUGCGGUCCUUGCAAGGCCAUUGCUCCCAUCCUAGUGAACCACUCGAACGAGGAGCAGUUCAAAGACAUCCAUUUCGCCAAGAUCGACGUCGACGAUCUGCCCGACCUAGCCCAGGAGCUUGGAGUCACCGCCAUGCCCACCUUCCUUCUCUUCAAGGACGGCGAGAUAGAGCCUGCUGAGAAGCUCGUCGGCGCGAACCCCAACGCGCUCGUCUCGCUUCUCAGAAAGAACAUCAUUUAA